GGCCGGAAGUGGAGGGCGGUGGCGGUGCGCCCGCUACAUGAGCGGCUGAGGUAUCUCUGCCGGAGGCCGCGGGACGCGGCAAGUUCUCCGCCACCACCUGCCGCCUGCGGCUCCCGGCCCUGCCCAUCCUGGCCCGGUCGGCUCUCCGAAGAGCUGGCUCUGGCCCGGAGUCGCCUGUGGCGGGGCUCUGAGGCAGCGGACUCUCCGCCCAAGCCCAGGCCCCAGGGCGGCAACACUGUGCCAGGCAGCGCGGGGUUCCCUCGGCCCCCGUGACAGUGACACCGUCACCCCAGCCCGAGACCCGCAGCGCGAGGGCGGAGGUCGUGUCCGGCCCGGGCGAGCACGGCCUGAGCGCCUCUAGGCAGCUUGGCAUUUAGUUUGCAGACUUUACGGGCGUGUAAAGUAGGCGUGAAGUCGGCACAUGUGUGAACCUCAGUUGUGCGGCACACUUAGCCGGGCGGACCCCUGCGAUCCUCGACCUGGCUCUCCAGCAUCCUCUGCUCCUCCCAGCCUGCCUUCAGCUAUGACUGUGACCUUUUGAAAUUGCCUCCACACACACACUUAAUUUUAAGGCUCCUAGAUUGGUGAAGUUCAGCAAUAGAAAUUACUGAGAAAAGUCUCCACUCACAUCAUGGAUUUUGGAGACCAGAUUACUGUAUUCCAGAGAUCCUGGUUACAGUACAAGAAGUGCUUAAUUUCUCAUUUCUGCAAGUGAUCAUGACUAUUGAAGAAAAAUUGUUUUAGCUACAGUAACAUCAAGUUUGGUCCCUUUUAUGGAAAUCCUGAUUUUAUUUCUAAAUCUCGACAGCUUUUUGCUAAAGGUAUGAACACACAAAGAGCUUAUCUGGGUAGGCAAAUGCACCUUGCUGAGAAUGUCUAGAAGAGGCUCCACUCUCCCCACCCGUGCCCACUGGCUGCUCCUGGGUCUGGCUCUGCUCUUCAGCUUAGUGUUGUUCCUGUACCUUCUGGAAUGUGCCCCUCAGACCGAUGGAAAUGCAUCUCUUCCUGGGGCUGUCGGGGAGAGUUACAGUAGAGAGUACUAUCAGGCCCUCUUACAGGAGCAGGAGGAACAUUAUCAAACCAGGGCAGCCAGUCUGAAACGCCAGAUUGCCCAGCUAAAGCAAGAAUUACAAGAAGUGAGUGAGAAGAUGAAGUCACUGCAGGAGAGAAGGAACGUAGGCGCCCGGGGCAUAGGCUACCACGGUAAUGGCGAGCAGGCCCCUGGUGACCUCCUAGGGUUCCUUCACUCCCAGAUCGAGAAGGCCGAAGUCAGCGUAGGAGCCAAACUUCCCAGUGAGUACAGCCUCGUCCCUUUCGAGAGCUUUACCUUAAUGAAAGUUUUUCAGUUGGAAAUGGGUCUCACCCGCCAUCCUGAAGAAAAGCCAGUUAGAAAAGACAAACGAGAUGAAUUGGUAGAAGUUAUUGAAGCUGGAUUGGAGGUCCUUAAUAAUCCUGAUGAAGAGGAUGAACAGGAAAAUGAGGAGGGUCCUCUUGGAGAGAAACUGAUAUUUAAUGAAAAUGACUUCAUAGAAGGUUACUAUCGCACUGAGAGAGAUAAGGGGACACAGUAUGAGCUCUUUUUCAAGAAGGCAGACCUGAUGGAGUACAGACACGUGACUCUCUUCCGCCCUUUUGGGCCUCUCAUGAAGGUGCAGAGUGACGUGGUUGACAUCAGCAGGGCCAUCAUCAACAUCAUCAUGCCGCUUGCUCAGAGAACGGAGGCCUUCACACAGUUCAUGCAGAACUUCAGGGAUGUUUGUAUUCAUCAGGACAAGAGGAUCCAUCUUACGGUGGUGUACUUUGGUAAAGAAGGACUGUCUGAAGUCAAAUCUAUCCUAGAAUCUGUCACAAGUGAGUCUAAUUUUCACAAUUACACCUUGGUCUCAUUGAAUGAAGAAUUUAAUCGUGGACGAGGACUAAAUGUGGGUGCCAGAGCUUGGGACAAGGGAGAGGUCUUGAUGUUUUUCUGUGAUGUUGAUAUAUAUUUCUCAGCCGAAUUCCUUAACAGCUGCCGGUUAAAUGCUGAGCCAGGUAGAAAGGUGUUUUACCCUGUGGUGUUCAGCCUUUACAACCCUGCCAUCGUUUAUGCCAACCAGGACCCCCCACCCCCUGUGGAGCAGCAGCUGGUUCAUAAAAAGGACUCUGGUUUUUGGCGAGAUUUUGGCUUUGGGAUGACUUGUCAGUAUCAAUCAGAUUUUCUGACGAUUGGUGGGUUCGACAUGGAAGUGAAAGGCUGGGGUGGAGAAGACGUUCACCUGUAUCGGAAGUACUUACACAGUGACCUGAUUGUUGUCCGAACCCCGGUUCCUGGUCUUUUCCACCUCUGGCAUGAGAAGCAUUGUGCAGACGAGCUGACACCAGAGCAGUACCGCAUGUGCAUCCAGUCCAAGGCCAUGAGCGAGGCCUCACACUCCCACCUGGGCAUGAUGGUCUUCCGGGAGGAGAUCGAGAUGCACCUUCACAAGCAGGCCUACCGGACGAACAGCGAGGCCGCCGGCUAGUGCUCGGGGUGUGUCGCACGCAGUCUGACCACAAGCCAAGACUGUUGGUUUAGCCUUAAUUCCUCUUCCAGAUCCCAUGCCUGUCCUGGAGAAAACGUGUUUCUCAUAUUCUUUCUGAUGUUGUCUGUGCAGUUCACUGUGUUACAGGAAGAAAAAAAUGAGUGUGUCAGUGCAAAGCCUGCUUUGUGAUGUACUGUUCUGUGGAUCAGUCAACAAAGGAAAUUAAUGUUUGCCCUAGAAGUAGCUGGGGUCUAUUCGUACCUGGGACCUGCGUUGUGAUCUCAGGAUUAUGGAGCGAGGUUGCACCAGGCAGGGGUGGGGCAUGCAGGCUGGCCUAUCAGCCAGCAGCUUCCCGAAGAGGGUUGUGGGGUGUGAACCAGGUGCUCCACCUGCAGACCAUGUCAGCCUGCUCCCUUUUUAAACCAGAGCUUUGGUUGAUAGCGUGAAGAAAAAUCCUUUUCACUGAAGCAGUGGGUAAUGAAAUCCUGCAUCUGAAAUCUCACCCAGUCGACAGAAGAUAGAAAUAAAGCCCCAUGACCUACUGUUGUUUAGCCCCCAGAGGUCUGUUCCUAAGCGAAUGGGUAAAAGUACAAAAUAGGUUAGAAUAUAAAGUAUAUCGCCAUGUUCUUGAUUAGUAGUCAGAGUUGCUGUCAGCUACUUUGAAUGAAUAGAAGUAAAUAUGGAAAUAUUUUUGACAUAGCACUUGAUAUGUUGGUGUGCUGGCUACCAGCUGUGUCCGGAGCAGAAGUUUCUAUGAGCUAGACACAUGGGACCUUCCUGAGAAGGUGCACACCAGUCGCACAAGCUGGGUUUGGCUUCUGCAUUGCCUUUCCUCAUUUAGCAUGGAUUCAUUUAUAUUUAUUAUCCUUCAUUUUCUAAUACACUAAUAUUUACUACAUCUGUAUUUGCAUUAUUGAAAUACUUUGAGUGGAAAGAGCAUUUUACUGAGGUAGAAAGACAAAGGAGGUAUAAGAUCAGUCUGAUGUGAGAGAAAAGAUGGCAGUCUAAGGGAAAUGCGAAUGGCUGGUGGCUUUAGAGCAACAUAUCAGCUGCAAACAGGAUAUUGUUUUAAUUCAAGUAUUACAUCAGUGAGACAAGAGGAGUAAGAAAUUAUGUUCAGACAGGACUCUUACAUUAUUUAUCGCACAUGGGCCUUUUAACAUUGGGCCAAUUGCUAAAUCCAGAAAUUGAGAAAAAAGGUGAAAGGCAUGCAUAAGCUUCUGUAACCUUUACCUUUUAAAAGGGACCUGCUAUUUGUAUAUAAACCCCUCAAAGUUCACAGGAGAAAAUUUAUUACUGUUUUUGCUCAGUAAAUCAUAUCACCUGAAAUGUUACAAAUUCCAAAUUUCUAGGUGCUACAUGAAUCCAGUUUUACAAUAACUAAUUCUUAAAAUUUUAAGUUUGGGGAGUGUUUCUUAAGAUGUAUGAGAGUGCUCUCCACAGUAAUGCAGGCCAUUAUCUCCUUUUGUAUGCAGCUAUUUAUUAUGAAGACCAGUGAAUUAUAGUAUUCCAAUGAGAGAAUUUAAUAAUUUGCAAAGGCAAGUUGCCACUUGCCUUUAUGGGAGAAUCAAAUGAUUUUUCCUUUGCUCCUAUUGUUUUAAACUAGCUUAUCAUCUAAAGAUGGAAGCUAGCAGUGGAACUAUGUGUUUUUGACAUUCAGUAGUACUAAUAAAGUAUUUUAUUACCAAAAGUUAAAUGAAAACAUGGUAAAUUAAUUUCUGUUAUAAAAUAUCAUAAAUACAGAAAUUGAGUAAUAUGCCAUUAUGUACUUGAAGACUAAUAAAGCAAACACCAGCGUACCACCACCCAGGUGAAGAUACAGGCUUCCCAGUGCCGGGCCCCUGGGCACCCUUCUGGACCACAUACCUCACCCUCUCCAUGGUAGUUGGCUUGUGUGAUGUGUCCACUUGUGUCUCUUCAUAUUUUUCCCAACUACUUUUGUAUCUGUUUAAUAUACUAUUUAAUUUUGCCUGUUUUUGAAUUUAUAUGCAUCAUUUCAUUAUAUGUUCUCUUUCACUCAGUAUUAAGCUUUUGGGGUUCACUCAUUGUUAAUCUCGAAAUUAGUUCCCUUUAUUGCUGUUAGUUAAAUAGUAUUCCAUUAUGAAUAUACUGUGGUACUUUAAAAUUCUGUUUUAUUGAUAAAUAUCUGUGGUGUUGCCAGUU